GGUCACAUGACCUCUCAUUGGCUGUGGUUCAGUGUUGUUAAUGGAUAUGAAGACUUUCGCUCUCGUCACAGUUGUUUGUGUGAAGUGCACAAGAGAAGUUUAGUUCUGUCAGUAUGAUGUUAGCUCUGGUCUGCAUCUGAAUGGUCAUUAGUCCAAACAGCUUCAUGAUAGAUGGAGAUUCUGUGGUCAUUCAUUGACGGAGUCUCUCAGUGUGUGUUCAGCGUCUGCGUCAGUGGUGAUAACAGGACACUGACAGUGAUGGACAGUAGAGCCGCAUGCGCGCAGGUUUAAUGUCCAUCAAGCUGAUCUUCAGCAUCACGGCACCUCAAAAAUCUGCUUCAGGCUCGGAUCCUCCGCGGGCUUUCGUGGAGCUGCGUUUCGUGCUGGAGCCGCAGGACGCGGUGACGGUUCGCGGGGGCGUCCUGCAGCUGGACUGCGAGGCGCGCUCCGACCAGGGCGUUCCCGUCAUCGCGUGGAAGAAGGACGGCGUUCUGCUGAGCGCAGUGGUGGACGACAGGAGGCAGCAGCUGUCCAACGGGUCGCUGCUCGUGCAGAACGUGGUCCACUCGCGGCACCACCGGCCGGACGAGGGCUCGUACCAGUGCCUGGCCACGCUGGAGGGCGUCGGGGCCAUCGUCAGCCGCACCGCCAAGGUCAUCGUCUCUGGUCCUCUGCGGGUGGUGGUCCCCACCGAGUCGGUUUCCACCCACCUGGGCGACACGGCGCUGCUGCGGUGCGAGGUGACGGGUGAACCCAUGCCUGUGGUGCGCUGGCAGAAGAACAGGGAAGACCUGCCCUUGACCUUUGACCCUGAGAGCAGAGUGGUCAUCCUGCCCUCCGGAUCUCUGCAGGUCAGCAGGGUUCAACCGCCUGACUCGGCCACGUAUCGCUGCCUGGCGGAGAAUCCCGGCAGCUCCCGCACCGGCACUGACGCUGACCUGCGCGUCCUACCGGAGCCUGGAGUGUCGAGAGGUCUGACGUUCCUCCAGAGACCUCAGAAGGUUACGGCUCUACAGGGCAGAGAUGCCGUUCUAGAAUGUUCCGCCUCCGGCUAUCCGAACCCGUCCUUCUACUGGAUGAGAGGAAACGAGCUGAUCCAGAGCAGAUCGAAGAAAUACUCUCUGCUGAGCGGCAGCAACCUCCUGAUCAGCAGCGUCACGGACGACGAUUCGGGAAGCUACACCUGCGUCGCACAGAACAAACACCAGAACAUCUCAGCGUCCUGCGAGCUCUCGGUGCUCGUGCCGCCUCAGUUUCUCAACUACCCGUCUAACAUGUACGCGUAUGAAAGCACGGACAUCGAAAUGGAGUGUGCCGUGACGGGAAACCCGCAGCCCACCGUCCGCUGGGUGAAGAACGGAGAGGUGGUCAUUCCCAGCGACUACUUCCAGAUUGUGGACGGCGGUCAUCUUCAGAUUCUGGGUCUGGUCCGAUCGGAUGAAGGUUUCUAUCAGUGCAUCGCUGAGAAUGAGGCGGGAAACAGUCAGGCGAUGGCUCAACUCAUCCUGCUGCAGCCCGUUACCCCGAGCUCAGGCGUCCUCCCCUCCGCUCCCCGUGACGUGGCCCCCGUCCUCGUGUCCAGCCGCUUCGUGCGCCUCGGAUGGCGCCCGCCGGAGGAGAUGCGUGGAACCAUCCUGACGUACGGAGUCUUUUUCUCCGAGGAGGGAAUCAACAGGGAGCGAUCCAUUAACGUCACGGAGGCCGAGAGUCUGCAGCUGACGGUCAGCAAUCUCCGACCGGAGACCACGUACUCCUUCAGAGUCAUCGCGUUCAACGAGCAGGGGCCCGGAGAGAGUUCAGAGGCCAUCCGACUGUCCACACAGCCCGAGCUUCUGGUUCCUGGUCCAGUGGAGAAUCUGCGGGCAGAAGCUGCGUCUCCGACGUCCAUCCAGGCGUCCUGGGAUCCUCCCGCUCACGCCAACGGCCCCAUACAGAGCUACCGGCUGCUCUGGACAGAGACGUCCACCGGCAAAGAGCAGAAUGUGGAGGUUGUCGGUCAGAGCUACAGGAUGGAGGGUCUGAAGAAGUUCACUGAAUACUCUCUGCGAGUGCUGGCGGUGAACCGACACGGUCCCGGCAUCUCCGACGAAGACAUGCUCAUCACCACUCUCUCAGACGUGCCCAGCGCUCCGCCUCAGAACGUCUCGCUGGAGGUGGUCUACUCACGGAGCAUCAAGGUGAGCUGGCAGCCGCCGCCUGCUAACAUGCAGAACGGAUUCAUCACCGGAUAUAAGAUCCGCCAUCGCAAAACGGGCCGACGGGGUGAACAGGAGGCCAUCGAACCCAACAACCUCUGGUACCUCUUCACCGGGUUGGAGAAAGGCAGCCAGUACAGCUUCCAAGUGGCAGCGAUGACGGUCAAUGGCACGGGUCCCAGCAGCGAGUGGCACACGGCCGAGACGCCAGAGAAUGACCUGGACGAAACUCAAGUUCCAAACCAGCCGAGCUCUUUGCACGUGCGUCCGCUGCCCAACAGCAUCAUAAUGAGCUGGACGCCCCCGCUGAACCCCAACAUCUUAGUACGGGGAUACAUCAUUGGCUAUGGAGUGGGCAGCCCGUACGCCGAGACUGUGAGAGUGGACAGCAAACAGCGCUACUACUCCAUCGAGAACCUCGAGCCCAGCUCUCAUUACGUGAUCUCUCUGAAGGCCUUCAAUAACGCCGGUGAAGGAGUUCCUCUCUACGAGAGCGCCGUGACCAGAUCCAUGUCAGACCCCUCAGACCCAUCCGAUGACGAUCUGUUCCAUCUGUUUGAUAAAUUCCCCACCCCUGUCCCAGACACCUCCACGCCCAUGAUUCCUCCCGUAGGUGUUCAGGCCGUGCCGCUCACCUCCGACUCGGUGCGGGUCAGCUGGGCCGACAACUCCAUCCCCAAGAACCAGAAGUCGUCUGAGGUGCGUUACUACUCCGUCAAGUGGAAGACCAGCCACUCCACCAGCGGCAAAUACAAGUCGGCGGAUACGACGGCACUCAGUCACACGGUCACGGCUCUGAAGCCCAACACCAUGUAUGAGUUCUCGGUCAUGGUGACCAAAGGCCGCAAGUCCAGCACAUGGAGUAUGACGGCACACGCCACCACCUAUGAAGCAGCGCCAAGCUCCGCCCCGAAGGACCUGACUGUGAUUGGCCGAGAGGGACGUCCACGAGCCAUUCUCAUUAGCUGGCAGCCGCCGCUGGAGGCCAACGGACGAAUCACAGGUUAUAUUCUGUACUACACUCUGGACAAGAACAUGCCCAUCGACGACUGGGUGAUGGAGUCCAUCGCUGGAGACCGGCUCACGCACCAGGUCAUGGACCUCAACCUGGACACCGUCUACUACUUCCGCAUCCAGGCCAAGAACGCCAAAGGAGUGGGGCCGCUGUCGGACCCUGUGCAGUACAGGACCUCUAAAGUUGAGCAUCCGGAUAAGAUGGCUAAUGAUCAAGGUCGUCAUGGAGACAGCGGUUACUGGCCCUCCGAUAAUAACCCGAUCGACAUGAGCAGCCUGAACGAGCCUCCCAUUGGUCAGAUGCGGCCGCCGCACGGCAGCGUGACGCCGCAGAAGAACAGCAACCUGCUGGUCAUCAUCGUUGUUUCCGUGGGAGCCGUUACCGUGGUCGUCGUGGUGAUCGUUGCCCUGAUCUGCACCCGCCGCUCGUCCGCUCAGCAGAGGAAGAAACGUGCGACACACAGCGCUGGGAAGCGGAAGGGCAGCCAGAAAGACCUGCGACCUCCUGACCUCUGGAUCCACCAUGAGGAGAUGGAGCUGAAGAACAUGGAGAAGCCCUCGAGCUCCGCCCCCUCCGGCCGUGAGUCGCCCAUCCAGAGCUGCCAGGAGAUGCCGCCCGUCAGCCAUAGCCAAUCAGAGAGCCAGAUGGGCAGCAAAAGCAGCCACUCAGGUGCAGACGGGGAUGAAGCUUCCAGCAGCAUUUCUACGUUAGAGCGAUCAUUAGCCGCCCGCAGGCCAACGCGCACCAAGAUGAUGAUUCCCAUGGACUCUCAGCCCAGCAACACACCGGUGGUCAGUGCCAUUCCGGUUCCCACACUGGAGAGCAGCCAGUAUCCGGGAAUCCUGCCGUCGCCCACCUGCGGCUUCAGCGCUCACCCAAAAUUCACUCUGCGGCCGAUGCCGUUCUCCACACUCACCGUGGACCGCAGUUACGCUGCCGCGAUGGCAGCAGAGGGCGCCGCUCCAAUGGCUCCUCAGCAACAGCAGCCUCUGAUUCCCACGGCGCAGUCGGAGCCACCGGGGCCGGAAGAGAUUCCCAGCCGCACCAUCCCGACCGCCUGCGUGCGACCCACACACCCGCUGCGCAGCUUCACCAACCCGCUCCUGCCUCCACCCAUGGGAACCAUCGAACCCAAGGUCUACAGUCCCAUGACAGGUGGAAGUUUACCCAAACCGCAGGUGAAGACGGCAUCAUUAGGUCAAGCUGGAAAGGCCCGUUCGCCGUUACUGCCUGUUUCCGUGCCGACAGCUCCCGAAACCGCUGAAGAUGGACAGAAACCAGCCGACGACCCGGCGAGUGUGUACGAGCAGGACGAUCUGAGCGAGCAGAUGGCGAGUCUGGAGGGUCUGAUGAAGCAGCUCAAUGCCAUCACAGGUUCAGCCUUUUAACACACGCUCACACAUCCGCAGGGGAACAGACACCUGGAGCGAGGAAGCUCCAGACCGCUUUUAUCCUCUCAGUCACCCGCUCAUCCACAGAAACCCCUGAAACGGGAUUCAAAAAGGGAAAAUGACUUCAAACCGAACCUCUCACGGACCCUCACUGGGAAAGCGUCUCUUUUCUAACAUUGUCUGAGAUUUUAUACUUGUUUACUUUCACGGCCGUCUCCAGCUCACGCUGAACGCAGACGUUUGCUCUCCGGAUCCAUCCAGGAUUCAUGAGUUUAAUCUGCUAAUGGAAACCCUUCUCUGAUGGGAUUAUUAGUGAGGACCUUUUCCAAACCCCGACUGACGUCACAAUGUCUUGGAGUUGCCAAAACGUAUAACUUCUGAACCCUUCGUCGACAUCUUGCCAAUCUAUUGCUGCCAAAAUCCUUUCCUAAGGAAUUAUAUAUUCAUACUGAAAUGAGUUUGUUUCAGCGGAGUUUAUAAGGAUGAGAAAAUCGAACUGAUUUUGUUGCGUAUACUCGUUUUGUUUGUAGUUGCGUCUCUUUGUGAAUCUCUUGGUUUAUUAUCUCUGUUUAUUAUUUUAAUGUCAAAUGUGCAGCUGCUCUUGAGGACUGUAAACUGUUUUUCAUUUCUCGUUGUGUGUUUUUGUCUCCAUCAGUUUCAAUGCAGGUAAAUGAAUCCGUGUUUCACAAACGCAGACGAGUGAAUUAAUUGGUCAAAUAAUGCUAAUGUGACGAGUUUGAGAGGUUUGAUGUGUCAAUCAAUUCAACACAGAGAUGCACUGCUUUUCAUUUCUCUCUUUUUUAUUUGCGUUCAAAUGUUUUGUUACGUGUGGAAGCGCAAAAGAGACUUUUUUAUGUGCCUAUAUCUAUAUUUUUGUUUCUUUUUGGUCACUUUAUUUAUUUACUAUGUGCUUAUUUGCGCUGAUCUGAAGCUGCGAGACAAAAGAAGAAAGAUGAAUGCAGUCGCAGGACAAAAGGAAGUGAGUGCGCGUCCCGAUAUUUGAUAUUUUUCUGGUACGUGUGUACGUUACCGUACAGACCCCUGUAGCGACACAAGGACAAACGCUGUUUUUUACUGUACAGUUGCACCGAGCCAUUGAUGGACUGACGUCUUGGACUCGGGAUGGGGCGGGCGUUGGGUUUCUACCGAUAUAUUUAAUAUAUGAUUUAGAGUGUUCCUUUCACGGUGAUUUAUGAACACAAUGUGAUUAAUUCUAGAGCUUUUAUUUACCCAUUGGGAGAAUAAAAGAAUUCAUAGAGGAAUUCUGGGACGGACUUUCACUGUGUUUUUCAACGUGAAGAUUGGAAGAUAUUUUUGCGUCAGCAUCAUAAAACUCCUUUGGUUGUCUAAUGUUUUUUGUGCGUCAUGAUAAAUGUGAUCGAUGACAUUCCUGGAUUUUUCCAUAAUGUUCCGUCUGAAAUCCAGCAACAUUUUUUAUUCAGAAGCAUAAACUCCAUCAUUCCCUCAUAGCCUGUUCACUGCAAAAAAACCUGAUGUUCUUCCUCAGUAUUUGUGUGUUUGUUUUCCAGUAAAAAAUAUCUAAACAUCCUUAAAUCAAGAUAUAUUUACUGGAGAAGCAAAAUGACUGAGGAUAUUAAGAAAUAAGUGAAGUGAUUACUGAAAAAGUAUCAAAAUGAAGUGAGCUUGUGCUUGAAACGAGAACAAAUAUCUGCCAAUGGAGUCAGAAAAAUAAUCUUAAUUCAAAGGGAAAACAAGUUUAUUUUUCUGACCCCAUUGGCAGAUAUUUGUUCUUGUUUUAGGCAUAAACCUUAUUCAUUUUGACAAAUUUUCCAUUAAUCAAGUCUUAAUAUCUUCAGUCAUUUUGUUUCUCCAGUAAAUGUAUCUUGAUUUAAGAACGUUUAGAUAUUUGUGCUGGAAAACAAGACAGAAACACUGAGGAAGAACAUGAUUUUUUGCAGUGUUCAUCUUUCUCACAGAGAAGAGUUGCAAUUCCUGCUUUAAUGGACCAGUUCACCUGAAAGUAUGACGUUCCAAACCAAUGAAAAACUCAAGAAUCUUCUCGCAGCUCUUUUCCAAACUGCAUCUGUUCACAAUGAUCACGACUGUUAAGCUCCAAAAAUGACCAUAAAGCACCUCUGAAGUCUCAUAACAGCAGUUCAUAUGACUUGAGCACUAUAUUUCAUGUCUUCUGGGUAGUUUAUGAUUUUAAUGACCUAAAUUUGAGUCUGUUCCUCAUGCAGAGUAUCAUAUGACUUCAGAGGUCCAGCCACCUUGAUUUCUAUAAUGCUUUAUAGCUUCACACUGCAGAAAAUGAUGUUCUUCAAAAUGAAGUGAGUUUGUGCUUAAAACAAGAACAAAUAUCUGCCAAUGGAGUCAGAAAAAUAAUAUUGUUUCCCUUCAAAUGAAGUUUAUUUUCCAUAUAUAGUCAUAUGAUCUACUGUUAUGACACUGUACAUCUGGGUUUGAACAACAAGAUGACAGAAAGUUAAUUUUCCAGUGAACUCUUCCUGUAAUUCGGGGCUGAUGGGAUUGAUUAAUGAUGACCUGAUCUCUGAAAGGUUAAUUGAAACACCUUCAUAGAGUGACUAAUUAGCCGUGUUAAUUAUAGAAUCAGAAGGCAAUGGUUGAGGAACAUCAGCAGCCGUGAAAAUAUGAGAGGAGGAAUCAUUCUUAUGUGUAUUUUACUUCAUCCUUAAAUUGUCCAAUUUUAGCGUUGUUAACCAAAUUAGAGUAGUGAUUGAGAUUGAAUCUGGUUUUCCGUGGGAAGGGCGGGAGCCGCUGCCGAACCCUUCAGAGUCGAACCCCUCCGGCUCUUUCUACCCAUGACGUUGUAUACAAUUACUGGUUUUGUAAUGCACUGUAGAACAGUCCAAUGUUCCUUUUUAUAUAGAAAUGUUAUUUGAAUGGUGCAUUCUUUUUGUUUGAUAAAUAAAGCCUUUGAUAAUAAA